AUGAGCACACAGUUUGGAGGAUUAAUAAACCCCGGUGGUAGCUCCUGGGCUGUUGUUCUCAGCAUUGGAGGUGCCGUGUUGGCUCCAGCACCCCCCAUUCGCCAUCGUGCUGAACUGCAGAUGGCGCCGAGGAGAAAGGCAGCUGCCGCGAUGCUGGGACUCCUCCCUCUGUUCCCCUGCCUCUUCCUCCUCUCCCGGCCGGACCCUUGCUUCAGCUCCGAUGAUGACGGCACCGUGGUGCUCACCACCAGCGGCCCCAUCCGGGGCAAGCGUCUCCCAGUCGGCUCCAGCUCAGUGACGGCCUUCCUGGGGGUCCCCUACGCCCAGCCCCCUCUGGGGCCCUUGCGCUUCCAGAAGCCGCUUCCCCACCAGCCCUGGAGCGAGGUCCUGGAGGCCACUGGUUUCGGCCACGCCUGCCCCCAGCCUCCGCUUACUGAUUACCCCGAUGGCAAAUUACUCACACCCAAAAUGCCACAGUCCGAAGACUGCCUCUUCCUUAAUGUCUGGGUGCCCCACCCGCGGCCCCCCGCGCCUGCCCCCAUCCUCGUCUGGAUCCACCCCGGGGUGUUCUACUUAGGCGCAGCUUCCCUCAAAAUCCACGACGGGCGCUUCCUAGCCGCCUAUGGGAAAAUGAUCGUGGUUUCCAUGAACUACCGGCUGGGGGCGCUCGGCUUCCUGGCUCUGCCCCCCGCCGCCCCGGGCAACGCCGGCCUGUGGGACCAGCUCCUGGCUCUGCGCUGGGUGCGGGACAACGUGGCCGCCUUCGGGGGGGGCCCGGCCCAUUUGAUGCUUUCCGGCCAGGGCACAGGGGGGUCGGCCGUCGGAUUCCAUCUCCUGUCCCCGGGGAGCCGGUUUCUCUUCACCCGCGCCGUGCUGCAGAGCGGAUCCCCCAUCUCUCCAGGUGCUUGGACCUCACUCCAGGAGGCCCAGGAGAGAGGCCGGAGGCUGGGCCAGCUGAUGGGCUGUGCCAACAGCAAUGACACGGCCCUGGUGGGCUGCCUGCAGGGGAAGGAAGCCGGGGAGUUCAUCAAACACGAGCGGGCGGUCUUCAGCCACAACGAUCUGACGGGGUUCGCCUUCGUGCCAACACCCGACGGGGAUUUCCUCCUGGAUACACCCCCCCGGCUCCUGCAGGCGAAACGGAGCCAGCGAAUGCCCAUCGCCACCGGCUUCACCCCCAACGAAGGCUCCUACAUACUAAUUUUUGACUUCCCCGAUCUCAACCUGGACAACGCCAGCAACGUCGGCCUGGAGCAGCUGCUGCAGGUGGUGAGGCUGGGGGGGGCCCGGGGGGCGGGAGGCGCCAACCGCACACACACGGACGCGGAGGAAUUGUUCAUCCGCAAGGUGAUCGAGUACAACGUGGAGUUUGCCAGGAGCGGGGCGUUCCAAGAGGAAGAGAGCAGGGGAGAGGUGUGGCCCCGCUACGACCCCAUAAAGCAAAACGUUUUCCACAUCAGACUGUGGUCCUCCCGGAUUGAGGAGAUGCCCCUCGCCCAGCGCUGCAGCGCCUUGGCCUCGCUGCUGGCAAGAAGCCAAGCCUCACAGGUUCCUCAGUUCCACGGGCGCCAGGCUGGUGGGGAG